AUGGCUCCACCCCCUCCCCCCCCCCCCCCACCCCCAUCUCGGGGGGACUUUUCCCCCCUGAAGCACUUUGUUGUGGCCAAGAAGAAGAUCAGCGACGUGUUCGAUCAGCUGCUCAACUACGUGAAUGAAACCUGGGAGUUUGUAGAAGACAUCAGUGGGAACAAAGCCUUGGAAGACAUCGCCACCAGGGAACAGAAGGUCGAGAUCCAGACGUAUGCUCACAAAAUCACUGUCAUCAAGGAAGUGCUCGCUCGCAGGCACAUGAAGGUGGCUUUCUUUGGCAGCGGGAUUGGCCACACCACUAACUGCUUCCUGAGUGUGGAGGGCACGGACGAGGACAAGGCCUACCUCAAAACGGAGGGCUCUGAGGAGGAGCAGAGCAUUAAGACCGUGAACCAGCUGGCCCACGCGCUCCACAUGGAUGAGAGCCUGGACGCCGGCUGCCUGGUCCGGGUGUUUUGGCCCAAAACCAAGUGCGCGCUGCUCCGAGACGACCUGGUGCUCGUAGACAGCCCGGGGACGGACGUCACGUCGCAGCUGGACAGCUGGAUCGACAAGUUCUGCCUGGAUGCCGACGUGUUCGUGCUGGUGGCCAACUCGGAGUCCACGCUCAUGAACACGGAAAAACACUUUUUCCACAAAGUGAACGAACGACUGUCAAAGCCAAACAUCUUUAUUCUGAACAACCGCUGGGACGCGUCAGCAAAUGAGCCAGAAUACAUGGAGGACGUAAGGAAACAGCACACAGACCGCUGUGUGAACUUCUUGGUGGAGGAGCUGAAAGUGGUGGACCGCGAGCAGGCCCCCAACCGCAUCUUCUUUGUCUCUGCAAAAGAGGUGCUCAACUCCCGCAUGCAGCGUGCGCAGGGCAUGCCCGAAGGGGGGGGCGCUCUGGCCGAGGGCUUCAAAGAGAGGCUGAAGGAGUUCCAGAGCUUUGAGAGAAGGUUUGAGGAGUGUAUCUCGCAGUCAGCAGUGAAAACAAAGUUUGAGCAGCACACUAUCAGGGCCAAGCAGAUCACAGAAAAAGUCAAGACCAUCAUGGACACCGUCAACAUCGAGGCGGCGGAGAAGAGAGUGGCGGCGCUGGAGGACAGGGAGUACCAAAUGGACCGCCUGGAGUUCGUCAAGAACCAGCUCAACCUGCUGAUCAGCGAGAUCAAAAAGAAGAUCAAAGCCAUAAGCGAGGAGGUGGAGUCCAAGGUGUCCAUCGCAAUGGGGGAGGAGAUCUGCCGUCUCCACGUCAUCGUUGACGAGUUUCACUCCGAUUUCCACCCGUCGCCUCACAUCCUCAAGAUCUACAAGUCUGAGCUGCUUUCUCACGUGGAGGAGGGGAUGGGCAAGAACCUGGCCUUCCGCUGCUCCAACGCUGUCCACGCCUCGGUCCAGUCCUCUCAGAGAUACAUGAUAGAGAGCAUGCUGCCCCUGCUCCCCUCGGCGGCCCAGAGCCAGGUGGGCAUGCUGGUGCCCAACAGGACGUUCGACCUGAGCUACGACCUGAACUGCGCCACCAUCUGCAGCGACUUCCAGGAGAACAUCGAGUUCCGCUUCUCGCUGGGCUUCCAGGCGCUGGCGCACCGCUUCCUGGGCCCCGCCAACGCGCAGCGGGCCCUGACCAUGGUGGAGCAGAACCUCCAGACAUCCCGGCCGGCGCUGGCCCAGGCGCGCACGCCCGCCUCGGGGCCGCCCUCCAUCGCCGCCCCGCCCCCCAACCAGACCGCCCUCAUGACCCAGGAAGACCUGAUGGUCGCCAUGGCGACCAACCUGGCCUCCAUCACAUCCCGCACUUCCAUGAGCAUCAUCGUCGUCGGAGGAGUGGUGUGGAAAACCGUGGGCUGGAGGCUGAUCGCCCUGUCGGGCUCCCUCUACGGCCUGCUCUACCUGUACGAGCGGCUCACCUGGACCACCAAGGCCAAGGAGCGCGCCCUGAAGCGCCAGUUCGUGGACUACGCCUCCGAGAAGCUGCAGCUCAUCGUCAGCUUCACCAGCGCAAACUGCAGCCACCAGGUCCAACAGGAGAUGGCGACGACCUUUGCUCGGCUCUGUCAGCAGGUGGACCAGACGCAGAAGGAGCUGGAGGCAAACAUCCGUCAGCUCACGGCUCAGAUAGAGCAGCUGGAGGCCGUCCAGAGCCGCUCCAAGAGCUUACGGCACAAGGCCACGGAGCUGGAGAAGCAGCUGGAGGAGUUCACCAACCAGUACCUUCAGCCUCAGGAGUGA